AUGAAGUUCAAUAUCUUUGGCAAAGGUCGAGGCCUCCGCUGGGCCAUCACAUUUACAUGUCAGAUUGCUUUUAUCUUCUUUGGCUAUGACCAAGGGGUGAUGAGUGGCUUGGUUACAAACAAAAAUUUCCUCGAUGUGGUGAACAACCCUGAUGAUUCGACUGAGGGCAUUAUGCUCAGCAUAUAUAAUUUGGGUUGUUUCUCUGGGUGUAUUUUGAACAUAUUUCUUGGAGACUACUUUGGCAGGCGGCGCUCCAUCUGGUUCGCGAUGGCCUGGAUUGUGGUUGGGGCAUCUUUGCAGGCGUCAACAUAUGGUCUUGCACAAUUGAUGGUUGGGCGUUUCAUUACUGGUAUUGGAACGGGCUUUGAGACUUCCACAGUCCCUGUCUACCAGAGCGAAGUUUGCGAUGCGUCGAACAGAGGCAGUUUGGUGUCCUCGGAGGUUUUAUUCAUCGGGAUCGGGCUUGUUGUUUCGGCGUUCUUUGACUAUGGCAUGGUGCAUAUUGAUUCACCAGUUGGCUGGCGAGUGCCUGUUGCAUGCCAACUAAUCUUUGCUUUGAUUGUCACAUUCAUGGUCUUCGGGUUACCAGAAUCUCCUCGAUACUUGUAUAGCAAGGGCCGAAACGAAGAGGCUAUUAACGUAUUAUGCGAACUCUAUGAUAUGAGCCCUGAAGAUGAGAAGGUAAUUCAAGAACAGACUGUUAUCAUGGAGGCAUUGCAGAUGGAAUCCGUAGCCGGCGAGUAUUCAUGGCGCCGAAUUUUCAAGAAAGACCGAGUCCAGACAGGGAAACGCGUUCUCCUAGCUUAUGGAAUGCAGUUUAUGAACCAGAUGGGAGGGAUUAAUCUUAUAGUUUAUUACAUGCCCACGGCGCUUAAAAAUAAUGUCGGCUUGUCGGAGAAUAUGUCAGUUCUCCUCAGCGCAACAAUCAAUAUCAUGUUCGUCGUCGGUGCCAUUUUCCCAACGCUAGUAGCGGAUCGUAUUGGACGGCGGAAGCCCAUGAUCUGGGGGUCUUUGGGAUGUGGCAUAUCAAUGAUGCUUGUAGCCAUCCUCCUGAGUUUCCAGGGUACUGCACAUGGUCAUGUCACAUCUUCCGCAUGCGUGGCCUUUUUCUAUCUGUUCAUGCUCAUAUAUGGCGCCACUGUGGCUUGUAUCCCUUGGGUUUAUGUGCCAGAAAUCUUGCCUCUCCAUGUUCGAGCAAAGGGAAGUGCUAUAGCCAUUUCAUCCAAUUGGAUCUGGAACUUCUUCAUUGUCAUGAUCACUCCAACCCUUAUCAAUAACCUGCGAUGGAAGGCAUAUCUCAUCUUCAUGUGCCUCAAUUUUACGUUUAUCCCUGUGGUCUACUUCUUUUAUCCCGAAACCGCCAAUCUUACCCUAGAAGAAAUUAACCUACUCUACGCUGAACAUGACACGCCCACACGCCUCGUUGCUAAGCGAUACCAGAAACAGAUGAAGGAGUCAGGGCAGGGUAUUAUGGAAAGUAAGCAGAUGUUCUCAGGAGACGGGGAAGCUACACAUUACGAGAUUACAAAUUUGGAAGAAUGA